AUGAAUAUAAGUGUGAUUACCCUACUGUUCUGCCUGAUCGUGCUUGUGGAGGGCAGGAAAGUCCACAGGUUUCGACUGCAAAGACGAUCCCACCGCCACCACAAGCUUCCGCAACCCCAUCUGCACCUGCAAUUCCGCAACGCCCUGCGAAGGAAGUACGGAUAUACGCCACUCCGGACGGUGAAUGCUGUGCAAGUGGCCAGUGAGUCCGGCAAGGGAGCCGUGCUGUCCGAAGCCCUGAUAAAUUCCUACGAUACCAACUUUUUCGGACUUGUAUCGGUCGGAGAUCAGCCAUUCACCGUGCAAUUCGACUCGGGAUCCUCGGACCUCUGGGUGCCCAGUUCCAAUUGCGAAUUCUGCAUCAAGAAGUGCGGCAACAAGUUCUUCCAAAAGUCCAAGUCCAAGUCCUUUCGGUCGAGUGGAGUUCCAUUUAGCAUCACCUACGGCUCGGGAUCCGUGAAGGGAAUCGUGGCCACGGACAAUGUUGGCUUCGGCGAUCUGAAGAUCCUGCAGCAAGGCAUUGGAUUGGUCAACAUUUCCGACUCCUGUUCCGUUUUCGAUGGAAUCGCUGGCCUCGCCUUCCAGCAGCUCUCCAUGACCCGAUCGGUGCCUCCAUUCCAGCAAAUGAUUGACCAACAGUUGGUGGAGAAGCCGAUCUUCUCUUUCCACCUGAAGAGCGGCUCCAGCGACGGUGGCUCCAUGAUUCUCGGUGGAUCGAACUCGAGUCUGUACUACGGCCCCUUGACCUACACCAAUGUGACCGAGGCCAAGUACUGGACCUUCAGGAUGGACGGCAUUGAGGUCCAUGGGAAGGGUUCGAGGCGCUGCGACUCGGGCUGCAAGGCCAUCAUGGACACGGGCACCUCCCUGAUCGUGGGUCCUGUGAUGGACGUCCUCUACCUGAACCAGGCCAUCGGAGCCAAGCACAAUGCCACCUAUGACCUGUACACCGUCGACUGUGACUCCAUUGACCAACUUCCGAUCAUGGUGUUUUACAUCGCUGGCAAGGAGUUCUUCGUGAAGCCACAGACCUACGUGAUUGUGUACCAGGACUUUUGCUUCGCCGGCUUGAUUGACAUGCGGGGCCUGGACUACUGGAUAAUCGGCGAUGUCUUCCUGCGGGAGAACUAUGUGGAAUUCGACUGGGCCAGGAAGAGAAUAGGCAUAGCACCGGCUGUAUAA